AAUUGGGUCCGCGAUAAUUUGGGUCCGUUUUGAAAGCGGUAAGUUGAGUCCCGGGUAUGAAAAGGUAAUAGGUAAGUUGGGUCCCGGCUAUAAAUCAUUGCGCCAAUGAUGUCUAAAAUAUUAAAAACUUAAAACUUUAAUAUUUCAUAUUUAUAUAAUAUACUUUUGAAUAAUUCUGUUACAAUACUACGUCAUAUUUCAUACAGGGGUACACCGCCUGGACAUCAAUUAAUUCUACUUUGAUGUUUAUGUGUGUAUAGACAGGUAUUCUUAUCGCGGAUUUUAUUACACUGGCCGUAGCCACUUUUAUCCAAAAAUGAGAUACCGAAAUGUCGUAUCUUUGAUUAAAUCUAAUUAAGAUAUAUAUACGAGUAUACGAAAUACGAGCGUAUACAAGUGUUAGUAUUAUUCGUCUAUCUUUUUUUGUAUUAGUUAGUAGUUAUCAUCGAUUUUUAUGAUGAUUACAUACAGAUAUACGUACGAUAUCUGGGAUAUUUCAUUAUAUAUUUAGUAGCCUGCUGAACGUCAACUUGUGACUAUAUCGUGUCUUACAGCUAUACAGUUACACAAUUUUACAGUUAUUGUUUUUUUUAUACAUUUUAAAAAUGGAAAUAAUGGCUAGCGAAAAAAACAAAACUGUUAUUAUAAAAUAUGGUCAUAAGUUUAGGUUUCACAAAAUGUUGAAAAAUGAAGUACAGAGAUGGACCUGCUGUAAAAGUACAUGUAAGUGUUUUUUUAAAACUUAUAAUGGUGUUGAUACUGAGAUUUUUAAUGAUCACAAUCACAAUAAACCUAGCGAACAAGACAUCAACCGGCAAAAAUUAAAUAAUAAUCUCAAGAGAAAAGCGGUAGAAGAGAUAUCGGUGUUGCCAUCGAAACUUAUUUGCAGAGAGUUAAAAAACUGUGAUAUAAAUAGUUUAUCUUUAAAUGAUACUUCUUUAAUAAAAAGAAAUAUAAGAAAUGCACGUUUAUCUGUUCAUCCCAACAUACCAAAAAACAUAACAGAAACGCAUACUGCUAUGAAUGAAAUGACAUUAGUUACUAAUAAAAAUGAAUCAUUUUUAUUAGUUAAUGAUUUCAAUAAUGGUAUAAUUGGGUUUUCAACAAAAAGUAAUUUAGAAGUGUUAUGCGAAAUUAGUACAAUACUUGUCGAUGGCACUUUUAGAAGUUGUCCAAAAUAUUUUUACCAAUUUUUUACCAUUCACGGCCUUGUUGGCGAAUCAUAUAUUCCACUAGUAUUUUUUUUAUUACCUAAUAAAGAAACAGAAACAUACGUACGUUUAUUUGAACAUACUGUAAAUAGUUGUGCACAAUAUCAAUUAAUAUUUUCUCCUGAUGUAGUAUUUAUAGACUUUGAGAUUGCUAUACAUACGGCUGCAAAGCUUGUUUGGCCUAAAAUCAAUAUAAAAGGAUGUCGUUUUCAUUUAGGACAAAAUUGGUGGAAAAAAAUUCAAACUCUUGGUUUAGUAAACACAUACAACUCUUUAAACACAGAAAAAAGCGAUUUUUUUAAAUGUUUUUUUGGUUUGCCAUUUUUAAGACCUGAAGAAGUUGGCGAAUGUUUUGCACAAGAUUUAAUGGCAAUACAACCAAAUGACAAACAAAUAAAAACAUUUUGCGAUUAUGUACUAGAUAACUACAUUUCACCUGAUGCUACAUUUCCCCCAUAUAUUUGGUCUGAAUUUGCAGCCACCACUGUGCGUACAACAAAUAGUUGUGAAUCCUAUCAUGCUGUACUAAACCGAAGAUUUUAUAGUCCCCAUCCUAAUAUUUUCAAUUUUGUGGACGAACUAUUACAAAUACAGUCUGAGACACAUAUUAAACUACGAAGUACAAUACAAAAAAAGAAAAUCACGCUCGGUAAAGAAAAAUACUUAAGAGAACAAAUGAUGAAAUAUACUAAUAAUAUAAUAACUCGAUUAGAAUUUGUUAAAUGUUUAUCAUUUAAGUUUUUACCUAAAGCAUAAUAUGUAUUUUAUAUCAUAUAUUGUAAAAUUUGACGUACUAUAAUAUUUAGUGUAUUAACAUUUUUUCCCGAGACACAAUUUUUUAAUUAUUUAUACCAUAUAUUGUAAAAUUUUACAUACUUUUAUUAUUUAGCUUAUUAACAUUUUUAAAUUAAUCAUUUACACUAUUAUUUAUUUAGAACAUAAUAUUAUAAAAACCACAUAUAUUUUAAUAAUUUAUAUUUUUUUUAUCCGGGACUCAACUUACCUACAACCUUUUUUUAUCUGGGACUCAACUUACCUACAACCUUUUAUUUUCCGGGACCCAAUUUACCGAGAUAAGGUCAUUUGGGACCCAA